AUGGGCGGGAGGAGCGAGUUCCUCAUCACGCGAGAGCGGAGCUGGUGGCUGCGAGCAGCGGCAGGGCCCGGGUCAGGCAGGGUGGCAGCGGCCGCUCCUGCCGCUCCACAGCGCUGGCUGCCGGGGGGCAGUCACCUGCGGCCGAAGGAGGAAAAGCUGCUUUUCGCUAUCGGUACCCCGCCGCUUUCCGGCCGGCCCAGGGCAGGGGCCUUGGCUGCCCUGCGGGCGCCUUUCGGCAGCUCUGAGUUCGGUGAAAGCGCUCCCGCUGGGUCCAUACCGGCCGCGGGGAAUUUCAAGUGGUUUAGCUCCCGGAGCUGGCCAGCCGCACGCUGCCUUUCUCAAGCUGUGUCGCGAAGCGCAGCUGAGGGCGGGCUGGCCCCGCUGCACGCCGGGCUGCAGCUCCUCUCCUGCCCGCCAUGGCUCUGUGCUGCGCGGUUAGCAAAUGCAGUUACUCCACUGUGGAGACUUCCCUAUCAAGAGCAGCUGCAGGUGAAGUAUGAAAACCAGAGGAAGAUUUUGCAGACACUGGCAUCUCAUCUUGAGGAGCUGGGUAUAGAUGUGCGGAAAGGUGGUGGACUCUGCUGUCCUGUCCAGCCUGUAGUCCCUUCACCUAUCAUUAACGGCUACCGAAACAAAUCUACUUUCUCUGUGAACCGAGGACCAGAUGGGAACCCCAAAACUGUGGGGUUGUAUGUGGGAACUGGCAGAGCUAGAAACAUUGUCUGUGUGAAAGCCAACCACAUGGAGAACAUACCCCCAAAACACAAACAAGUAGCCCAGUGCUACGAGGAGUUCAUCCGUGGCUCCCCCCUGGAUCCCUGUCUCCUCUUCCACGAAGGUGGACACUGGCGGGAGCUGGUGGUACGCACCACCAGCCGUGGUGACACCAUGGCUAUUGUCACCUUCCACCCCCAGGAGCUGGGCCAGGAGGAAUUGGCUACUCAGAAAGCAUUGCUGAAGGAGUUCUUCACCUGUGGACCUGGAACAGUCUGUGACUUGACUUCACUUUAUUUCCAAGAGAGCACCAUGACGCGCUGCUCCCAUGAGCAAUCUCCCUUCCAGCUCCUUCAUGGAGAACCACACAUCUUUGAAGAAGUGCUUGGCCUGAAGUUUCGCAUCUCUCCAGAUGCCUUUUUCCAAGUAAACACAGGUGGAGCAGAAGUUCUGUACCAGGCAGUCAGGGAGCUGAGUCAGGCUGGUGGGGACACCAUCUUCCUUGACAUCUGCUGUGGAACUGGCACAAUUAGUCUCUGUCUGGCUCACCAAGUGUCCAAGGUUAUUGGUAUUGAGGUGAUGGAGAAGGCAACAGAGGAUGCCAGGUGGAAUGCAGCAUUCAAUGGAAUUUCAAACUGUGAGUUUCACAGUGGAAAGGCAGAGGCUGUGUUACCACAACUGCUGUCAUCGUGGGAGGAUGGCCGACCUCUUGUUGCUGUGGUGAACCCAUCCCGGGCUGGGCUCCAUUACAGGGUUGUGCGAGCCAUUCGAAACUGCACGUCCAUCCGAAGGCUGCUCUACAUCUCCUGCAAGCCAGAGGGUGAAGCCAUGAGGAACUUUGUUGAGCUGUGCUGCCCACCUGACCCAAAGAAGAAGCUGUCAGGAGAGCCAUUUGUCCCCAGGCUGGCUCUACCUUUUGACAUGUUUCCUCAUACUGUUCAUUGUGAGCUGGUGUUGCUGUUCACCCGCUGACAAGGAGGCAGGGGUACCAGCUCUGAGAGUUUGGGAAGCCACCUCCUACGUUC